GGAGGGGCUGAAGGGCGUGAGCGAGCGCUCUGAUUGGCUCAGGGCGCCGUCGGUCUGACAGGGGCGGGGUCGGUGGAAUUGCAGGUAGAGAAGAGAGGAAGCAAGGAAGAGAGGAAGGAAUCCGAGCAGAGACACAAAACAAUCAAACAAAUAAACACACAGACCGAAAAAUAUAUCUAAUAACAAGAACAAGAAUAAUCAACGAAUCAGAUAAUCCCAGGAUGGGCAUGGCGAGGAGGAAAAGCGAGAGCAACGCCCGUCGAUAAAGCGGAGACACUUUCAACAAACAAAAACAGCACAACAGAAAAGAAAAUUAAAAAAAACUACAAGACAGACCCCCCCCCCAGCCCCCCCGGAGAGAGAAAGAGGGACGAGGAGGAGGAGAGGAGAAUACAAACAACCGGGACUUAAAACAACGAGCAAAACACAGCUAAAAACAAGCGCAGAAAGAGGCGAGCCGCUCGGAGAUGUCCUGUAGAGGAUUGUGAAGACGGGUUUUUAUUAGUAUUAUUAGUAGUAGUAGCGCUCCUAUCGUAAGCGGUGCUCUCGGGAGGAGAAGGCGCCGCGAUGUCGGCGGAGGAGAGGCAGCGCGGCUUGGAGAGCUUCAUCCUCGGGGGUCCGGUGGACAGCGACUCCUGGCUCAGCGUGGAGACGCUGCUGGACGUGCUGCUCUGCCUGCAUCAGGAAUGUGGAAACAACGCGCUCCGACGCGACAAGAAAGUGGCCGAGUUCGUGGAAUGGGCCAAGCCUUUUGUGUCCAAGGUGCAGCAGCUCCGUUUGAAGAGAGAUGACUUUGAGAUCCUAAAGGUCAUAGGUCGUGGAGCUUUUGGGGAGGUGGCAGUGGUCAAGAUGAAGAACACAGAGAAGGUUUUUGCCAUGAAGAUCCUGCACAAGUGGGAGAUGCUCAAGAGAGCUGAUACGGCCUGUUUCAGGGAGGAGAGGGACGUGCUCGUGAAGGGAGACAAUCAGUGGAUCACAACCCUGCACUACGCCUUCCAGGACGAGAGAUACCUGUACCUGGUGAUGGAUUACUACGUGGGCGGGGACCUCCUCACUCUGCUCAGUAAGUUCGAGGAUCGCCUCCCGGAGGACAUGGCUCGCUUUUACAUUGCGGAGAUGGUGCUCGCCAUCCACUCCGUCCACCAGAGGAACUACGUGCACAG